UCGUGCCUCAGUUCGAGAUCCGCGCCGAGCCACGCAGCACGUGUCCAAGCGACGGCCCAGCCUCCCCCAUGCGGCCGCGGUGCGCCGAGGAACGCGCAACGACACGCAGCUGAUCCUCGGCAAUGAUAUACAACGGGAACAGCCAGCAGCCGAGCCACCACCAGGCGCCGACCAUGUCAUCGACGAGCAAGACAUCGUCGAGGCAGCGUGGCCCGAGUAACGCCAGGUCGGCCGCUAAACAGAAGGACGCGGCCGCGAAGACGCAGCAGCAGGAUGGCGCGGGGAAAUGCAGGGGCAGGUGCAGGGUACAGUGGAGCGAGCAGCACGUGAAGGAGGGUCUCGUGCUGGUGCAGGAGGCGCAAUUGGCGAGGGUCGUCAAGACCGGUCCCAUCGGCGAGCACUACGAGAUCGAUCCGAAACCUUUCGCCAGUGGACAAUGGGCCAGGGUAUACAAGUGCCGCUCGCGUUCUACGGGCAUCGUCUACGCAGCCAAAUAUUCCUCGAGGAGCCGCUUCAACGCCGAUUGCAGCUCCGAGCUGCGCCACGAGAUCGCCCUCCUCUCGCUCUGCUCGCAGUCACCGCGGGUCGUCAGGCUCCACGACGUUUACGAGACGCCCAAAGAGAUCAUCAUGGUCAUGGAGUACGCGCCGGGCGGCGACCUGCAGACGCUCAUUGACGGGGAUUUGGUGCCUCUGGAAGGUGACGUGAUCCACUUUGUGCGGCAGCUAGUGGAGGGACUUGCCUACCUCCACGAAAGAAAUAUCGCCCAUUUGGACAUCAAGCCGCAGAAUCUAGUAAUGAUGGGCAGCUUCCCGGACUGCAACGUCAAGCUGUGCGACUUCGAGAUAUCGCGAGUCGUCCUCGAGGGCGCGGAAGUCCGCGAGAUCCUCGGCACUCCUGAUUACGUUGCUCCUGAAAUACUUCAUUACGAGCCGAUUACAUUAGCUGCUGAUAUGUGGUCUCUAGGUGUUACGACGUACGUUCUCCUAACUGGUUUCUCGCCUUUCGGCGGCGAGACCGACCAGGAGACUUUCAAAAACAUCAUACUGGGUCAGGUCGACUUCCCGGAAGAACUCUUCGAGGACGUGUCCGCCCAGGCUAAGGACUUUGUCGCGAAGCUCCUCGUGCUUGAACCAAGUGCACGUAUGUCGGCGAAGCAGUGCCUGCGUCACGAGUGGCUCCGGGGUGCACCGACCCAGGCUUCGGCUCACCUGCGCAAGUACCUGUCCAAGUCUCGGGAAGUCCUGCUGGAGCGCGUCGUCAGCCGCGAGAAUCUGCGUCGUGCCGCUCUCCUCAGCCAGACGGCCCAGCAACAACAGCAGCAGCAACAGCAGCAGCAGCAGCAGCAGCAACAACAACAUCAACAGCAACAGCAGCAGACGAUGGAGCCGAGUCAACGGGGAUUGAGCCAGAGCGAAAUCUGCCUGAGUCGCGGAUUGAUGGGAAGCAGGGGGAGUCUCAGUCUUCCCGGGAGUGGUAGCGAAGACUACGAGAGCUGCGUUCAGGAUACGAGCUCAUCGAGGACGAGCCUCGCCGAUUCCGUGUCGUCCUCCAAGAGCAGCCUCGCCAUGAGUCAGAGCUGUUUGCUCAACAAGGAGCAGACGCAGGGGCUACUUAAUCAGGCGCAGGAUCGUAGGUCGCUCAGGGCGAGCAUGGCUCAGGGCUUGAAUCGCGCCAGUCUGCUGUCAAAGAUCAGGGGUCUCAGCCAGGUACAGUCGAGGUCCCAGGCUUGCCUGCCAUUGUUGAACGGCUCGAGUGACGAGGAGGACCGGCAUCGAUUGGAACGCGAUCACAGACAUCACCAGGUGAUGAAGGGCAAUCCCCUCGAUUGCUGUCACUUUGACGGCUCGCGAGAGAAGCUCUACGGCCUCAAGUCCCUCUCCAAGUCCCAGGGUAUGCUCGACAUUUAUCGCAGUCUGGAGAGUCUUCAGAGGCACAAGCGCGACCUGCUGCGGCAGAAGGAGCGCUCCAAGACCGAGGACGUACUGCCCCUCUUCAGGCACCUCGUACACGGCUCGAGUAGCGCGUCUCUCGGUUCCGUCUCCUCUUCGAGAUCAGCGGCGCUCUUACGGUACUUUGAUGACUUUACCUCGCCGGAACGAACGAGCACCGAUAACGGCUAUGAUCGCAACGAUAAUGUUAACGAUGACAACGAUGACAACGAUGACGACAACGAUGACGACGAAGACGACAACGACGAGGGGGAGGAGGAGUUGGUGGAGGAUGAUGACGAGGACGAGGACGAGGACGUCGUCCACAGCGGUGAUACCGCCGACGGCCAGCUCAUUAACAAGCACAUUAUUACCGAAGGCGCGGAAACGAGGACCGGAAGGCGAAUCGCUGUUCCGUCUUAUGUAGCCGUCAGCUCCGAGGGCAACCUCGACUCUCUGCAGUCGCUCGAGUCCGACACCCUGACGGACGACUCGGAGGAGACGCGAGCGAGCCUGACGAACAAGCAGUCGUCGACGGGCUCCGAGUGCCACGGCCGCGAAUCCGACUCCGAGGCCGACGAGCCAAAGUUCACGGUCGCCCAGCUGGUCUCGGCCUUCAACAAGCACCAGGAGGUCGCCUCGCGCACCAGCCUCGAAGCGAUAAUGAGCGAAAGGCGCGUCUCCGAGGAUUCGAGCAACUUCCCAAUAGGUCCGAAGGCGCUGCGGCUCUUCAUUCCCGACAUCGACAUCAGCGAGCGUAAGCCCCUCGUCCGCAGGAAGACGAGCUACAAGCCGCGAAAGAAUUGGGAGGAACUGCGGAAACGCAACGAGAAGAACGAGGGGGUUCUGAAGAAGGAGCUGUACAAUGACUCGGGUAACGAGGAGGACGAGGAGCCCGAGGAGCUGGAUCUCCUUCACCGCGACCCCGAGUGCGACGUCCACGAGCAGCAACACGACACGCGCAUCGACGAGAAAUACAAGCAGUGCGUAGACGGCGUAAAAUCCCGCACACCUCCCCUCUCGCCAUCCUCCAUGGACAGUGGGGUGAACCUGCGGGACAUCCUGCAGAAGCCCGAGCCGUUCGAGCCGACGCCCAAGGAGAGCCCGGAGAAGCUGCGCGAGCGACGCCUCGUCGCCAGCGACCUCGCCUCCAAGAUAUCCGUAUUCGCGAGAGAGAAGCGGGGCCCCCCCCGCCUCGAGACCAAAUACCGGCUUGCCGCCAAGGAAAAGGUCUGCACGGGCUCCUACGGGCGGGCCAUGGAGAAGUUCUCCGGGAAGUCAUCCGUCGCGGAACGGCCGAGAUCGAGGAAAUCGAGUGGGCCGACCCAACAGCAGCAACAGCAGAUACUCGGCUCCUAGACCAUCGCGCACUUUGUGUCUGAUUUGUUAUUACCGAUUAUUACCGAUCAUGGCCGAUUCUCAGUCGAUAAUAAUAAAACGCACUGGACACGGAAGAGGCGUGACGUCGCGAUUACGGGAAAUGGUCCGACGAGGAUGG